AUGGCAAAUAAGACUCAGAUCUCCUUCUCAUGGCUGCGACACUCCGUCGUUUUUCUGUUGCUCCUUAGUUGCGCCCUUGAGGCAAUCGCCAAUGGCGGAUCCGCCAAGAAGGCUGCUCGCGAUUGGGGCGUCCUGAGGGCAACUCUUUACAAUCGCAUGCAUGGUCACGAAUGCAGAAAGGAUGCAUUUUCUGCUCUUCAGAGGCUUUCUCAGACACAGGAAAAGCAACUUACCGAAUGGAUUCUCAUUCAGGACGCCUUGGGCCUUCCUCCCACUCACUCGCAGAUCAGGCAGUUCGCGCAGCGCAUGCUCGCCGUCAAAGGAGACCACACACGCUCGGAAAACACUGGAUGCAAGCAUUUUUAA